AUGGAACAGGAAUUUGACAUCGCUGACAAACUUGGUGACAUGUCAAGGACUGACGAUACAAUCACAGAAUCAGGAGACAUUAUUGCUUGUACCGAAGACGCCACAGUGAAGCUUCCGAAAACACCGGCACCACUGCCAGUGGUAUGUGUGUUGGAUAGCGAUCUGGGAUUGUUUCGAAUAAUUCGCUGCAGGGGAAAGACGGUACCGAAUGGAGGAUUCGGUGUUGCUUACACAAAGAUGACCUCUUGUAAAGCUAACAAGGACGUGCUCAGAACUGGGUCGAAUCCAAUAAGCAAAGCUAUCGCGAACGACCAAAUUGACCUUGCACAGUCAAGUAACACCAGCGCCACCAGCGACUAUCUCUUCAUUGAAGAAGUCUUGUUUCUCUUCGAACGCGGAUUGCUGGAAGCCUACGAAUUGGAGAAUCAGGACUUGGACCGCAGUGUAAAACCUCUUGAUCCAUUCGCUUUAUACCAAAUGUUGGAACCCUUGGGUGUGACGUUGCCGACGUACCUCGUCUACGCCCAUUUGCGGGCUCAAACGUUUCGCACUGUACGGCAUUCUUCGGUGCGUCGAUCGAUACUAGAUGCCAUGCAAGAUGCGCUCCCCCCAAAUCAGACUGCGGUAGAGCGCAAACGAGCACUCCAGUCAGAGGCUAUGAAGGAUUUACGACAGCAGCUGAGAGAAGAAUCUUUACGAGCACAAUCAUACCGCAUACCAAUCGCCAGCCAAGGCCAUGGUGUUGCUUUUGACGUGUAUCGCCCAGAAUCUGACUAUACCCGCAGUCGUCCUGGCUUGCCCGACUAUUGCGUCGGUAUUGCAUACUACAAUCAACCUGGUUUGGGCUUUUUUCAAAUCCAAGCGUUGCUCAAGGAGUGCCGGGGAGUCCCGCUUAAAAUUGCCACAGUUUCCGAUGGGGGUACGGUAUCUAUGUUCGGCGUUACUGUUGAAGGCGUGCCUCCAAUUUCAGUGCAAACCGCUGCAAAAGAGGACGACAUAAAUUCAAUCCACCAUCUAAAGUAA